AAGGAAUGGGUCGGUGGGGUGGCGACGCAGGAGUGAACAGAGUAGGGAGGAUUCCCUUUGAAAGACGCAGCGGUUGUUCGCCAGGGAGAAGAGGCAAGUUCCUUGAUCCCUGGGCAACACAGAGCCCUCCCUCUCCGCGUGUGGGGAGAACACGCUGAGGCUCCUCGGCCAACACUAGCCCCCACACCCCCGAAAGGCCAUCACCAAAGCGGACUUCUCUUGUCGAGUUGUCGCUGCUGCAGGCGGUGAAGCUGGAGGCGAUGGCCGACGGCGGGGGGAAGCUGCUGCGCUUCAGGUUCCCGGAGCACGACUCGACGGCGCUGCGGAACAUGGACGAGCUGCGGCGGGGCGAGUGGUUCUGCGACGUGACGGUGCUGGCGGGCGGCCUGCGGUUCCCGGGCCACCGGGUGGUGCUGGCCGCCUGCUCGCCGUUCCUGCGCGACCGCUUCCGCAUGGAGCCGGCCCGCGAGGUCACCGUGCUGCCCGCCACCGCCGCCCCGCAGGCCGUGCUCCGCCUGCUGCUCGCCUGCUACACCGGCCGCCUCGAGUUCCCCUUCGCCGACAUCCUCGACUACCUGACCGCCGCCAGCUGCCUGCAGAUGGAGGACGUGGUCGAGCAGUGCCGCCGCUCGCUCUCGCCCUGCGUGGUGGCCGCCUCGCUGCUGCGGCUCGCCCAGGACGGGGGCGGCGGCGUCGGCGAGGCCGAGGAGGGAGCGGGGCCUGCGGCCGCUGGAGCCGCAGGAGGAGGCCUGCGCCCGGGCCGCUCCUCCGGAAACCCGCGCGUCGGAGCGGCUGCGAACCGGGCGGCGGAGAGACUCGAGGCCGAGGCCUCCCCCCUUCCUCGUCCCACCCAGCCCCCCGGGACGACGGGGGCGGUGCGAGGCGUCGAACCGGUCAAACUCGAGGCCCAGGCUUCUCCUCCUCCUCCUCUCCUAGGCCCCGGUGACAGGGAGGCCCUCGCCGCCCCUCACCCGCCUCCUCCGCCCGCCGCCGAUUACCUGGAGACGGAAGGCCGCGUCCACCGGAGGCCGGGGCUGGAGGUGGGCCAGGGGGAGGAAGGGGGCGAUGGCGGAGAUGGGGAGGAGGACCGGGCCAAGGCCGAAGGGAUGGUGGCCGAGGCCUACCCGCCGGGCACCGGGGCGGAGGAAGGAGGGGAGGAAGAGCCCGAGGACGACUACGAGAGCUCGGCCAGCGAGGAGUGCCGGGCCUCGGGGGGUUUCUACGGCGGGGGGGCGGCGGCGGCAGGGGGUUUCUACCAGCGGCCGGGGCUGGGAGAGGAGCCGCAGGCCUCGGGCCUGGAGGAGGGCCCCGGGCCCGCUCCCGGAGCCGGGGGCUUGGCCGAGCCGCCCCUCCUGUGCUCGGAGUGCGGGGCCCCGUUCGAGCAGCGCAGCGGCCUGGCGGCCCACCUGCUGCUCCACAAGCUCUACAUGUGCCCGCUCUGCGGCAAGCUCUUCAAGAAGAACGCGCGGCUGGCCCAGCACCUCAACGUGCACACCGGCUUCAAGCCGUACGGCUGCGCCGUCUGCGGCCGGGCCUUCACCCAGAACCGCUCGCUCAAGGACCACAUGAACGUCCACAGCGGAGACUCGCCGCACAGCUGCGGCUACUGCGACAUGCGCUUCACCCACUACAACACCCUGCGGGUCCACCUCCGGGACCAGCACGGCAAGACCACCAGCGGCAAGAACUCCGGGGAGCCCAGGCUAGCCGAGAUCAACGUGGUCGUGCCCUAGCUGGACGGGGGGGGGUUCAGGGUAGGCCCUGGGGUGAUGGAGCCAGGGAGGUG